AGUGGCCCCAGCUUUUCCUCAUACAGUAGACUACGCCACUGGAAUGCGUAAGCGUGGUAGAAAUACGCAUCACUGUUAUUAAGACAGUGGAUAUCGUUUCUUGUUACAGCUUUGUUUGGUAUUUCAUAUCCGAAUUUAAACAUCUAAAUGUGAUAAAUUGCCAAUAAUGUAUCGGCGUGGGCGCUUCAAGAGUAUCAAGGCAGCGGACUCCACUGGCCAUUGUGAGCCCCCUCAGAGUCGCGGUAUCCAUGUCUACCUCUUCUGGACCAAGGAAGGCGCGCGUUAUAUGUCCCACACAGACUGCGAGGUCACAGAUGAGGAUCUGUGCAUCUCUGCAGCCCAGGCUGUUGGGAUCACUCCAUUGUGUCAUGCUCUGUUUGCCCUGUAUGAUCCCACAUCCCUCUGCUGGUUUAGCCCAAACCACAUCUUUAACCCAGAGGAAACCUCAGGCCUUGUGCUUCACUAUCGUAUGAGAUUUUAUUUUAGGAACUGGCAUGGGCUUAAUGAGCAGGAACCUACGGUACAGCGCUAUGCUCCACGGUCAGGUGAACAGGGCCGCACAUCUCUGCUUGAAAUGACCUCCCUGGAAUAUCUGUUCGCUCAGGCAAAGUAUGAUUUUGUGAAUGAUGUAGCUCCAAUGGAGGAAGCCCAGGGAGAGGAGGAACUGAGUCGUUUUAAGAAUGAGAGUUUGGGGAUGGCUGUGCUUCAACUCUCUCAUCAGGCUCUGCAAACAGACUCAACCUUACAAGAGGUGACCAAGUCUAUCAGCUUCCUGCAGUGCAUUCCAAGAUCCUUCUCCAGGCAUAUUGCCAAGGACAACUUCCUGACCAAGAUCCGUAUCCAGCAUGUGUUCUCUGACUUUGUGAGAACCUUCCAGAAGCACACUGUUGGCAUUGGCCGGCUAGGCUCUCAGGAGGUCAUGUAUAAGUACAUCUCCACACUGGAGUAUCUGGCCCCUCGCUUUGGCACAGAGACCUUUGCUGUGUCCCACCUGGAGCUGCGUGAGUACGAUGAUGGGAGUGGCUCCUACCUCAACUCCACCUAUGCUCAGGGUGCCACUCCAGACAGCUUUCGUGCUGAGGUCACGCAUGAGAUCAUGGUGUCUGGUUGUAAGGGAAUUCAGUGGAGGAAGGCUUCAGUGCAAAAGGCACAGGCCAACAGUUACCUUGGGAAUGACUACUUGGAGAACAGAAAGAAAAUUAAGCCGCAGCCAUGCCAACAGGAUGUCAGCUCUCUCGAUAAAUGGACCCUUUUCUGUGACUUCCCUGAAAUCUCCCAUGUUGCCAUCACUGGAGACUGCAUCUGCAUCAGCAAACAAGACAACCACUCCAUGGAGGUGCAGAUGAAGUCUAGCCUGGAGGCUCGCUCCCUCGUCUCCCUCCUGGAUGGGUACUUCCGCCUGACGGCAGACGCCCACCACUACCUAUGUCAUGAGGUGGCUCCACCCAGAGUGGUGCUGAAUGCCACGAAUGGCAUCCAUGGACCUAUGCAUGAUGACUUUGUGCUGAUGAGGCUAAGGAAGGAGGCAGUGGAAGAGGGACCCUUCCUGGUGCGCUGGAGUGUUAUUGACUACCAUUGCAUUAUACUGGUUGUUCUCAACAGGAGUCAGAACGGCGAAGGUUCCAUCCACAAACAGUUCCGGAUUCACCAGAAGGGCGGUGUGUUUUCUCUGGAGGGCUGGGACAAGGAGUUCUCCUGUGUAAAGGAGCUUACAGACAGCUUGAAGACAUUCGUACUGAAGUCAGGCACAGACAAUUUCUCGGUCAAGAAGGGCUGUCCACCCCGGCCUGGAGACUUGUCCAAUCUGUUAGUGAAGAGGCCAGGGGCAGAUUUCUCGGUCCAGCCAGACUCUGUGACCCUCGACCUGACCCAGCUGCGCUUUUAUCCAAUCAAAGACAAGGAGAUCACACGGGAGCACCAUUUGGGACGGGGCACAAGAACCAAUAUCUAUUCUGGACGUCUGCUGGUCAGGGACGGAGGGGAGGAUGAAGAGGAGGAGGAGUGGAACAACAACAACAUCAACAAUGAUCGCAAAGGGAUCAGUGUGGUUCUCAAGAUCCUGGAUCAAAGCCACAAAGACAAAGCAUUAGCAUUCUUUGAGACAGCAAGCUUCAUGAGUCAGGUGUCCCACAGUCAUCUUGUCUUUGUUCAUGGAGUUUCUGUGAAAGGAUCAGAGAACAUCAUGGUGGAGGAGUUUGUGGAGUUUGGGCCUCUGGAUGUGUUCCUACGUAGGGAGAAAGCACUGGUUACUCCUCAGUGGAAAUUCACUGUUGCCAAACAGCUGGCCAGUGCCCUCAGCUACAUUGAGUCCAAACGCCUGGUUCAUGGAAAUGUCUGUGCCAAGAACAUUCUGGUGGCUCGUCGUGGUCUUGAGGAUGGCACCUCUCCUUUUAUCAAACUGAGUGAUCCUGGCAUUUCUGUCACUGCCCUUUCCAGAGAAGAGCGCCUGGAGCGGAUCCCAUGGAUUGCCCCAGAGUGUGUGCCGAACGGGGCCCCCCUUGGUAUCGCUGCAGACCAGUGGAGCUUUGGGGCCACACUGCUGGAGAUCUGCAACAACGGUGACCUGCCCAUGAGUCGCAGCACGCUGUCUGAGAAAGAGCGUUUCUACGAAACACAGAAGCGCCUCACCGAGCCUUCCUCUCAGGAGCUGGCCAGCUUCAUCAGCAUGUGUUUGACAUAUGUACCCGUGGAGAGGCCAUCCUUCCGCAUCGUGCUCCGUGAGCUCACGGAGUUACAGAACAAAAAUCCAGACAUAUCCCCCAGUGAGUCUCUGCCAGAUGCCGACCCCAGUGUUUUCCACAAACGCCACCUGAGAAAGAUGCGGGACCUAGGAGAGGGUCACUUUGGGAAGGUGAUGCUGUAUGUGUACGACCCUGCCAAUGACGGGACAGGAGAGUGGGUGGCAGUGAAGACUUUGAAGCAUGAAGGAGGUGGACAUCUCCAUGAAAGUUGGAUAAAGGAGAUCAAGAUCCUGAGGUCCCUCUACCACAACAACAUAGUAAAGUACAAGGGCUGUUGUUCGGAACUCGGAGGGCAGGUAUUGCAGCUGAUCAUGGAGUACCUCCCCCUUGGCAGUCUCAAAGAGUACCUUCCGAAACAGCGCUUGGGUGUGGCACACAGCCUUCUCUUCGCCCAGCAGAUCUGCCAGGGGAUGGAUUACUUACACUCUAAGAGGUACAUACACCGAGAUUUGGCUGCACGGAAUGUUCUGGUGGAGAAUGAGGGUUUGGUGAAGAUUGGGGACUUUGGCUUGACCAAGUACAUCCCUGAGGGAGAGGUUUACUACCGUGUACGGGAGGAUGGGGACAGUCCGGUGUUCUGGUAUGCACUUGAGUGUCUCAAGGAGAGCAAGUUUUCCUUCUCCUCUGACAUUUGGUCUUUUGGUGUGACGCUCUAUGAGAUACUGACCCGCUGUGAAUAUCAUCAGAAUCCCCCAACAAAGUUCUCAAAAAUGAUGGGAAAUGAAGACGGACCAAUGACACCAAUGGUGUUGAUAAAACUUCUCGAGAGAAACAGGAGGUUGCCCGCCCCACGUGACUGUCCUCAUGAGGUUUACAUGUUGAUGGAGCGCUGUUGGGAUGUUGACCCCUCUCGACGUCCAUCUUUUCAAUCUCUCAUUGAGAGUAUUGAAGCCAUUCGGCGGACAUAUGAAUUUCAGCCCAAUGUUCGUUUGGCCCAAAUAAGUCAGUAAUGACUAAACCACUUGGGACUUAACCUCUCUCUAUACCUCAGACAUUUGCUAUCUAAGACUUUAAGUAAUUUCUUGAACUUUUGUAUUCUUCAGUGUCUUCUGUGGUCGGGGCUGUUUAAUAGGUUUAAAUAGAUUUAUGAAAUUUCAAUAAAUUACUGAUAUAGGAAUACUUGGAUUAAACAAAUAUUAGUUUAUACAAUGAUAAUCUGUCUGUACUAUUGCCAAAGAUAAUGAAUAUUGCCAUUCAUGAAUGCAUAGACUAGGCCUACAAUAAACAAUACCACUUUUAUUCAGUAAAUUGCA